CAUAUUAUAUGUAAUGGCUGCUGACUGCAGCGGGUUUAAUACCACGUUAAAUGAAGGCGUGAGUGGAAGAGAGCGAGGGGAGCAGUUUUGUAAGCUAUCAUUAACUGUAGCAGUAUGGAGACUGUGGAUGGGAGAAGCAGACCAGAGGCUAGAGAUUGCUAUUAUUAGCGUGUCUACUGGCUUGAAUGUAAAGGCCAUAGAGCAGCAGGAGUCUCCGCAGCACAACACACGCACAGCUGUGACCUACAGACUUGCUUUAGUUCCAUUGCCCUUACACACUGAUGAUUCGUUCUUGAUCUCCUGUGCGCAGAUCAAGACCAGAGCAAGUCCACAUCCUGGUGUGUCAUCUUCGUAUUCAUUAUAAAGGGACGAGCUUGUGAUUCUGCUACUGCAAGCAAACCUUUGAGUAUGAGACAGUAGAGUCCAUAGAUUCUGAGAGAUGUGUGUACUAUUUUGUGCCCUGAGUGUUUAACAGUUUUACUACCUGUUAGGGUCCAUUUUAUAUGAUGUUCGCUUCUCAACUGUGGGUAAUUUGCACAUGCUGGAUCAUGGACUGAGCCACUCCAGUUAGAACUUUUGGAGCACUUCCAGCUGGAAUCUUCUGCAAUUUUCCACAAAGUUCCUGGUCUCAGCUGACUCCUGAUUUAGAACUAAGAAUCAGUGUCAUUUCAUCACUAUGACAAAAGUUAUUGUCAUUACCGCUAUUAAAAUAGACGUGAACGUUUGUAGGACGUUUUUGUAUAUUCUUGUGGGAAAAAUUUGAAUGAAAUCUUGCAACUCUGACUUGGGUGGUCUGAGCAGGAACCUGUACUGACACCUUAAUGGAAAAAUGCUAACACUUCUUCGACUCCUGUUUCUUCAGCCAAGUUCUUUCCUGUGUGUCUGUCUGGGCCUAGCAUUCCCUUUGUCUCCAUUUACUUGCCUGUACUUGUUUUCUGCACAAGCAGUUGCAGUGACUAUAGUUAUGUAUGUUCGUGGGCAUGAGGGUGCACACGUUUUGUUUUUUUGUACGCGUAUUUGUCUGGUCAUGUAUGUGCUUGUGUGUGGGGGUGUGUCUUGUCUGCUCCCAGUUACAGGCAGGCUAUUUUAAGCUGGUGGCCACAGUCCCACUUAGAUUUGGUUGGCUGAAAGCACCGUCUGCUUAACUUUCAAGGAGCGACUCUUUCCUACACGUACAUACUGUCUCAAAAAUACACAUGCUUUCUAGGGCCCUCCGACACCCCUCCUUCCUGAGUAGAACGGCCCUUCCAAAACACAAAGUGCUCAGCUCAGCAAAUAUUUGAUCCUGAGUGAGUUAAUCAUAAGACUGGAGCCUGCGAGCCAGCACAGUGGUGAGAGAAGGCUUUCCGAGAGGGCCAGGGCCAGUCGCUCCAGCAAUCAUUAACCAUCCACCUCAGGCCAGCCUUCAUUAAUCAGCCUUCUCUUCUCUUUUUUUUUUUUUUUUGCGCCGUCGUUAGCACUAGAACUCGAGGACUGUUGCACCUUGCCUCUGAGAAUUUGCCUGGAUUUUUCUUUAACAGCCGCAGUGCUACGUGAAGGACUCUCUUUGUUUGAUCAAGCCGAGGAAUGAAACUUGACACGAGUACUUUGGGUUUGGAUUUGGAUUUGCAGCACUUUGCUGAUCAAUCAGGACGCGUAUAUUUCCGCGAACAUCUCAGGAACAUGCACAAUUUACAAACACUACCUCCGAAACCACCCAAACCAACCCCUGUCACUAACAACGGUAUGAACAACAACAUGGCUCUACAGGAUGCCGAAUGGUACUGGGGGGACAUUUCAAGGGAGGAGGUCAACGAGAAGCUGAGAGACACAGCUGAUGGAACAUUUUUGGUUCGUGACGCCUCCACCAAGAUGCACGGAGACUACACCCUCACGCUGAGGAAAGGAGGUAACAACAAGCUGAUCAAAAUUUUCCAUCGUGAUGGGAAGUACGGUUUCUCAGAUCCUUUGACUUUCAACUCGGUGGUUGAGCUGAUCAAUCACUAUCGGCACGAAUCCCUCGCCCAAUACAACCCCAAACUAGAUGUGAAACUGCUGUAUCCUGUGUCUAAGCACCAGCAGGAUCAAGUGGUAAAAGAGGACAACAUUGAAGCUGUGGGCAAGAAGUUGCACGAAUACCACCUGCAGUACCAAGAGAAAAACAGGGAGUACGAUCGACUGUAUGAGGAGUACACCAGAACAUCACAGGAGAUCCAAAUGAAAAGAACCGCUAUUGAAGCUUUCAACGAGACCAUCAAGAUCUUUGAGGAGCAGUGCCAGACGCAGGAGCGCUACAGCAAAGAGUACAUUGAGAAGUUUAGGAGAGAAGGCAACGAGAAGGAGAUCCAGAGGAUAAUGGUGAACUAUGAGAAGCUGAAGUCUCGCAUCAGUGAGAUCGUGGACAGCAAGCGUCGUUUGGAAGAAGACCUGAAGAAGCAGGCGGCCGACUACAGGGAGAUCGACAAGAGGAUGAACAGCAUCAAGCCUGAUCUCAUCCAGCUCAGGAAGACCAGGGAUCAGUACCUCAUGUGGUUGACACAGAAGGGCGUCAGGCAAAAGAAGCUCAACGAGUGGCUGGGAAUCAAAAACGAGAACCAGGAAGAUCAAUACUCGAUGGUGGACGACGACGAGGACUUGCCGCACCACGACGAGCGUUCCUGGAAGCUUGGGAACAUCAACCGCAUCCAAGCGGAAGCUCUGCUACGUGGCAAGCGAGACGGAACCUUCCUGGUCCGAGACAGCAGCAAACCAGGCUGCUACGCCUGUAGCGUUGUUGUGGACGGCGAGGUCAAGCAUUGCGUCAUCAACAAAACUCCCACCGGCUUCGGUUUCGCCGAACCUUACAACCUGUACGGCUCACUGAAGGAACUGGUCUUGCACUACCAGCACACGUCACUCGUUCAGCACAACGACUCUCUGAAUGUCACGUUAGCAUACCCGGUUUACGCACACCCGCGGCGAUGAGGACUCACGAACACACACUUUGUCAGGACUUUGCGAUGCACGAUUGGAGCUUCGAAGGAGGAGGGCAAGGAGGGGAUAAUAAGCCUCCGCUCCUGUAGCGAUGCCUCCACUUUGGAUUCAGGACGGAGGGCUGGUUUUCGCCGCUAAACCCCAAAAGCAGACAUUUCAGCCAAGACCUCGAGGAGUCGUAUCGUUUUCCUCGCAGUCAAGUGGAAACUGCUGAACUUUGAUCUUUCACUCUGUCCCAAAAUGGAGGACGAUGGAGGCCUUUCUCAAAAUGGUGCUUGUUCAUUUCAAAGCUUUACCCACUGCUGGAAUGUGGAACGCUCGUGACGACGACCUCUGGAGUGCAGCUUUUUAUUUUUAAAUGCUACUCAGAGAGGUGUGUGUGUGUGUGUGCGUUUGUGCGCGUGCAUGUGUGCGUGCGUGUGGACGUGAUGUGACCAAAACUCACAGUAUCUAAAAGCUAUUUGUCAUUGGCGUGUUCAAGGUGACGACAUGAACAGACCAUGGAAUCAGCUGAUCAAUGUAGCAAGAUGGCACUUUCAAAACAGUAUAUUUUGUGGUUUUAUUUUUGUUUUGUUGGGUUUUUUUUUUUUUCCACAUAAAGGACUGUGAACAAGCGAACGAUUUGAACAUUUCAUUUUAAAUGAGCAAAAACAGGACUGGGACAGGAUGUGUGGCAUUUUACUCUGCAAGCAUUACAGUGACUGCUUCUGCCUUUUAUGGACUAGCGAGGCACUCAAAAGAACCUAAAAUACACACAUUUUGUACAUAUGGACUUAAAGAAAAAAAAAAAGUGAUUGAAACCAUGUUGUACCAAAAACAGUGCUCAGUUCCUUCUCAGUUGUAUUCAAAUGUGCUAUGCAAAUUCUGUUUCUCCCUUCUUUUUUUUUUUUUUUUUCCUCUCUGCAGAGAUGUGAUUAUUUUACAUGUUGCUACCCAUAAUAUAAUUUUCCUUCUUUUUGUUUUUACAGCUUGAAGUUGUUGUUUUUUUUUUUGUUUUUUUUUUACAGUAGUAUAUAAGAGAAUAUUUUAAGUGUCAAAACCGCCAAGAGAUACGGCUUCAGUUUUACAACAGAUAAACGAUAAAGUUCUUACUACAGAUUUCUUUAUCAGCAGCUGAUUAGAUUAAACAAAUGAGUAUUUUAUUAGUCUUUUUCAUUUAUUUUUUUUCCCAAGGCAGAGCCUGGAGGACUUUAGUGCUGCUUCUAGUCAUUAGUAUCAUAAAUCAUAAAUUGGAUCUUUUUCUCUUUUUUUUUCUUUUUUCACAUAGACAUUUUGAAGAUUUCCUAUCGUGAAAAUGAGUUCAUGUCAGAAAAUCUCAUCGUUUUUGUUUAUUUGGAGGUGAAUUUUCCAGCCCAUUUGGAUCGAGGCGAAUUGAAUUCCCGUUUAUUUUAGAUGAAUGAAGAACAGCUCUGUAUUUCUUAUCCAUAUCGUUUUUCUGUAUCAGAAAAACUCACUAGUGUUUACAUGACCGAGUCACAAUCUUUUGGGGUUUUUUUUCCCUUCUUUCCUCACCCCCCUCACUCGCACCUCUUGUAUAUUUCUCUGCUUUUCAUUUAGAGCUGAUAAACGGUAGUUCUUCCAUUCACAGGAAAAUCAACUCCGCAUCUUAAUAACUGCCAGCUGAAUGGUGACAUUUUGCCAUUUGCUGUCUCAUAAUUCAUCAGAGAUUACAGUGUUCUAAGCUUUAUGACUGGUGAAGCCUUCGGCAUAGAGGUCUGCCUCCAGUUUGACUCGUGUCUAUAUUGCAGUUAUGCAUCUGAUGAUAUUUUGCAUAAAUAAAACAUCAUUGUGAACCAAUAA